AUGGACCAUGAGCAAACGCCUCCAGCACCGAAAGCUUCGCUUGAAGCCAAGGUGCCUACUACCACCAUCCAUCUUAUUUCCGGGGGAACCGCUGGUCUAAUUUCCGCCUUUACCCUUCAACCUUUGGACUUGUUGAAGACGAGACUACAGCAGCAGCGCCGUAGUAAUACUGGGUUUAAGACUUCGAUCAGUAAAGAGCUUAAGAAAUUGGCCAACAUUAAGGAUUUGUGGAGAGGUGUGUUGCCGUCCACGUUGCGUACUUCGGUCGGGGCAGGGUUAUACUUUACGAUUCUUUCACAAACCAGAGCAUACUUGGCAGGUUUGAAGUCUGUCAGUGAAAAGUCAACGUCUAGUGUGUUGCCUAAGCUUUCCCAUGCUGAAAACUUGGCCACUGGCUUUGUCGUGAGAGCGGCCGUGGGAGUCAUCACCAUGCCGAUCACUAUCAUCAAGACCCGUUUUGAGUCCAACUUGUACAAUUACAAUUCCAUGUACGAAGGCUUUGAAGGCAUCUACAAUGAAGGCAGCGGUUCAAAGGGUUCGUUCAAAAACUUUUUCAAAGGUACCACGGCUACGUUAGCCAGGGAUUGUCCCUAUGCGGGCUUGUACGUUCUUUUCUACGAAAGUUUUAAAAACGAUGUGAUGCCUUCCGUUAUUCUCCCAUUCAAAGAUAGCAUUUCUGACAGGUACGUUGCCAGCGUGACGAACUCGCUGUCGGCCGUAUUGGCCGCCUCCAUGGCCACCACACUCACUGCGCCAUUUGACGCAAUCAAAACAAGAUUACAACUUAUUAUUAGCGUCGGCACUCCACCGACUAUAUGGACAGCUACAAGACAAAUCAUCCUGGAGCCUGGUGGAGCCCGCAACCUUUUCAACGGACUUUCGCUUCGGCUCGGCCGCAAGGGCCUCAGCGCAGGCAUCAGUUGGUGUAUAUACGAGGAGCUUCUCAAGUUCUUAUGA